CUGCCUUCCUUCCCCUCCCGCCCGGCCCCUCCUCUCUCCGCCUGGUGCCGCCUCCACCUGGUGCCGCCACCGUCAAUCAGCAGGAGGAGGAACACGGCGAAAGCGGAGCAGGCCUCAGCCUUGAACUGCAGCACGAGCGCAAAUUCAAAGAGCCUUUCACAGAUGUUGUCACUACAAACCUGAAGCUCGGCAGUCCUACAGACAGAAGUGUGUGCUUCAAAGUUAAGACCACAGCACCACGUAGAUACUGUGUAAGACCUAACAGUGCAAUUAUCGAUGCAGGAACAUCGAUUAAUGUUUCUGUGAUGCUACAGCCUUUUGACUAUGAUCCUAAUGAGACAAGUAAACACAAGUUUAUGGUUAAAAAAAAAAAAAACAGUCUAUGCUUGCUCCAGCUGAUACUUCAGAUAUGGAAGCAGUAUGGAAAGAAGGAAAACCAGAACUCAUGCAUUCGAAACUUAGGUGUGUGUUUGAGCUACCAACGGAAAAUGAUACGCUUUAUGACAUAGAAAUGAGAUUGUAUACUGCAUGCGUGUAACUAAAAUUUAAUUAUUUAAUUUGCUUUGAUUUGGCUCUGAACUUUUCUGUGGGAACCUAGGGUCAGGCCCUGUUAUGGUGGCCGACAAGCCUAAUUUCCGUAACAGUUUGGCGACCCAGGUGGGACCCUAGGCGACCACUGUCGGGGCCUCUCGUCUCCAAACGAUCAUCUGGCACCAUCGGGUGAGUUCACCUGGGAUCUUUUGGCAAUGAGAGGCACCGAAAAGGUGAGUCUUAAAUUCCUGCCUAAAUUCUAAAUUCUGGUCUGGUAACAGUGCACUGUAAGGGGUACGUGGGCUGAUCACUGUAAGGUGUACCAGGGGAUGGGUGUGAGUCCCAUCCCCAGGGUUUGAGUGGGUUUUAAGUCCCAGCUUGGUCCGGCCGGAAAGGGGAGUGUGCAGCCUGAUCAGCAUAAGGCACACUGCAAGACUGUAAGACAGAAGUCUAGAGUCACUGUGACUGGUAUGGGUGUGAGCAGUACUGUGUGUGCGAGUGCGUAUAGCCUGGGAACUGGCCGGGGCGCCCCUCGGCUGAUGACGCUGCCCACUGCAAAGGGACAGCAGUCCUAGCAGUUAAAGACUCAGUUGGUGUGAGUGCGGUUCCCAGAGAGUGAGAGAAAGAGAGUGUGUGAUUAAAAAAAAAAAAAAAAAAGACCAACUAUGUCAGCAGGGUUGCCCAUUCCUGACAAAGGAGGAAAACCCAGCGGAACCCAGCAAGGAACUUUUGAUCAGCAGGCUAAAUUGUCCCGUGAUUUCUUUUUUUUCACCAAAAUGCAAAAGUGCUACAAAAAACUUAUCACAAGAGACCAGGCCCAAGACAUUAUUUGAAGUUGCCCCCAUUGCCAAAAUGUAUCCCCAUUAGCACCCUAGUUGUCUGAUAACACUGGUGUCUUGAUCAAUCAAGAGAGUCUGGAUUGCUCAAAGAAAAGAAGGGGGAUUUGUGGAGGAUUAUCUGGAGGAAAACGGACAUGUGAGUAAUCCAGCCCUAAUGCUAAUAGCAAGAGUGUGAAAGUAGGUUUUGCAGCCUACGGGUGAGGUUACUAGAGGGCAUGCAAUGUGGUGAGAAGCUGUCCUUGGAACGAGAAAAACAACUCCCAGAUGUUCAGUGAGAAACUUAAUGGGCUUAGGGGAGUUUCUUUGCCUCCUCGGAGACAGUACAUGCUAUCCAAUCAUAUACUGUUUAGAUGGACGUGCUAAAUGAACAUGUACCAAUCACUGUAUAGUUUGAUUCACAUGAUCACGGUUAAAGCAUAUAAAAGAUGCUAUUGGGGCUUAAUACAGUGUCAGCAUUUAAUCAUAUUGAUUGGCGUGCUGUCCGUUAAUCUCCCGCAAUAGAUAAUGAUGAAAACAUGACGGUCACAGAGCAACGUGGACAGGCUGAUCUUUCAAGAGUUUUCUCUGAAUGUCUUACUUUUUGGGGGACCCAUGGAACUGAAUGAGAGGCAGUCAAGGAUUCUUCAUAUGUAUUGGUGGUCUGAUACAACAUUAAACAAAAUUUCUGUGAGGACAGUGUCUGGGAAGCAAGACUUUAGGAAAAACUUCCUGACCAAGAACAGCUGUUUGAAUUCAAUAACAGGUUGCUCAGACCUGAAAUCUAGGGGAAAAAGCUCAGCGUUUGCAUCUCUGCUCCAGCUGCUGGCAGUGGUAGCGGUGAAGAGGAGAGGGGGGUGUUCCUGGAAUUCAAUGGAUCUGAAAUUGGAGUCUUUGGAUCUCGGCGGUUUUGGAAUAUCUACAUGCUGAUCCUCUUUGUUGUGGCACAUCAGCUCGUUUGGGGAAACCAUCCGAAGACAGCAAGAUGUUUCUCGCUGUCUUGUACUUCGUUUUGCCCUUAGUGGAUGUACUUUUGUCCGCAGAAGUGAGCGGGCUGCCUGGAGGGGAUCGCCUUGACUGCGUGAAAGCCAGCGAUCAGUGUCUCAAGGAGCAGAGCUGUAGUACUAAAUACAGGACGCUGAGGCAGUGUGUAGCCGGCAAAGAGAGCAACUUCAGCCGGGCGACAGGCCUGGAGGCAAAGGACGAAUGCAAAAGCGCCAUGGAAGCUCUGAAGCAGAAAUCUCUGUACAACUGCCGCUGCAAGAGGGGCAUGAAGAAGGAGAAAAACUGCCUGCGCAUUUACUGGAGCAUGUACCAGAGCUUACAGGGAAAUGAUUUGCUUGAAGACUCCCCCUAUGAACCAGUUAACAGCAGACUGUCAGACAUAUUCAGGCUAGCACCAAUUGUAUCAGUGGAGCCAGUACUUUCAAAGGGGAACAAUUGCUUGGAUGCAGCAAAAGCUUGUAACCUAAAUGAUACCUGCAAGAGGUUCAGAUCUGCUUACAUAACCCCCUGCACCAGCAGCACGUCCAAUGAAAUCUGUAACAAGCGGAAGUGUCAUAAGGCCCUCCGGCUGUUUUUUGACAAAGUUCCCCCAAAGCACAGCUAUGGGAUGCUCUUCUGCUCCUGUCGAGACGUAGCCUGUACAGAAAGGAGACGGCAGACUAUUGUUCCUGUGUGUUCAUAUGAGGACAGGGAGAAACCAAACUGCCUGAAUUUACAAGAAUCCUGCAAGAAGAAUUACAUCUGCAGAUCUCGCCUUGCAGAUUUUUUCACAAACUGCCAGCCUGAGUCACGGUCUGUUAGUAGCUGUCUGAAGGAGAACUAUGCUGACUGCCUCCUCGCUUACUCGGGGCUUAUUGGCACAGUGAUGACACCAAACUACAUAGACUCGAGUAGUCUUAGCGUUGCCCCGUGGUGUGACUGCAGCAACAGCGGUAAUGACAUAGACGAAUGCCUGAAAUUUCUGAAUUUUUUCCAGGACAACACAUGCCUUAAAAAUGCAAUUCAGGCCUUUGGCAAUGGUACUGAUGUGAAUGUGUGGCAGCCAAUCCUACCUGUACAGACCACUACAGCCACAACUACAACAGCUUCCAGACUUAAAAAUAUGGGUUCAGAGACCACCAACAACGAAAUACCCACCCACAAUGAUUCGCCAGCAUGUGCAAACUUGCAGGCACAGAAGAAGCGGAAAUCCAAUGAAUCUAUAGAUGCAGAGCUCUGUCUUAGUGAGAAUGCUAUUGGGAAAGACAACACAGCAGGAGUCUCCACCAGUCACAUAUCUUCAGAGAAUUCGUUUGCUCUUCCUACAAGCUUCUAUCUAAGCACACCGCUUAUUCGGAUGACAAUUGCACUCUCACUCUGUUUGUUCCUAAGUUCAUCAGUCAUCUUGUAGCUGCAUUACAAAAGGACAUGUAAAAAAAAAAAUCUGUUUCCUGUCCUCUGUUGUUUAUCUGGAAUUCCAGGUCUGGGAGCUAAGCUGAGGCACUCCUGCUAGAACAGUUUCAGUCAGCUGGAAUUUUUUUUCUCUCUAAGAAAGCUUCUUGUGAUAUUUAGAGGCUUUGUGAAAUACUUGGUGCAGUGCUACAUUCCAAACCCAAAAAGGCUUUUGGGCAUGCAGUAUUUUAAAGAGACAGUGUGUAAAUUUGCCUGUAAAGCGACCUGGUUGGAUUAUUUUAAUAAUUAUUAUUUUAAUUCUGGCCCAUACCUGAGAAGGAGGAUGGCAGUUUUCCUAAGAUCCUAUUUAUCUUAUUGAAUGGUUUUGGUUUUCAAAGUGAUUGAACUUCAGACUGUCAAGGAUGCCAGGCUUUUGUCUAACAUUGAAUGUUCUCCCAGAGAGUGGACUUGAUGAAACGUCUUCAUUUGAUAAAUUGCUACUGAUGUUAAACUCUUUCAGUGUAUUAGCAUUUUCCUCUUUAAAUGUUUAUGUACUGUAAGUGAUUCUGCGUUCCCUGCUGAGAAGCCAUUAUAAGUCGCAUACAGGUAUAAUGUACAUCUUUCAGUUAAAUUUUCAUAAAGAUAGUGUGGCAUAGAACUUUCUAACAGUACAUCUAUUUUUUAAUUAUAAUCAUCUAGCCUUAACAAGGGUGAAGAGUCUUUAAAUUAACAAGAAACCACCAUUGUGAAAGCUUCAUAAUGUUUCUUUAAAUUUGAGGAUAAGCAGUAGAAACAAAUUUUGCUACAGGGUUUCAGCUGUACAGUCACUGGUCUUCUGUGCUUCCAUUGUGACAAUAUAGUCCAGUUAUUUUACUGUUUGUUUAAUAAAAAUGCCAUACAGUUUUAUUUGCUCUACUAAAACAGCGUUAUCUGCUUAUGCACAGAUGAUAAUGUCAGCUCAAAAAGUUACAGGAGUUUAUACCUGAGUUCUACCAUCGUGCCACUGUAGAGGGAAAAGAGGUGGUAGGACAUCAUUUAACUUAAGCGUUAUUUCUUAAACUGCUAAAAUCAACACAAAAGGAUUAUCAAUCCAGUUACAAGGCAGAUUCAUAGAUGUUUACCCACAGGACAAGCUUUUCUCACACUACUAAUUCCUGCUGCAGUCUGUGGGGUUGUUCACAUGAUGACCUGUUUGCAAGACCAGUCCCAUAAACUGUUUAAAUAGUUUGGGUGGCAAUAUUGCCACUAUACAUGAUUUGAUGACUUUGAUUUUUAUUCAGUGACAUUGACAGCGUAUGCCGGCUCACAAUGAUUUUCUGCAGUAUCUAGAAGGGAUUCUUUAAAGCUUUAAAUGUCAUCAAAUAGGCAGAAUUUCUUCUAAGGGCUGUCUUUGUACCUUACUGUGAUGGCUUGGUGACUGUUACAAGCAGUUAUGUGCAAAUGAUCAACAGUAAUCUGUUUUCAUUUGUAUUGAAAGUAGGAGAUAACUUUGCCAGGCAAAGAGUUCAUCAUGUUAAAUUUGCAGAUAUAUGUUAAGACUUACACAAUUAUGUUCAGGCUUGAAAUGUCCAGAUGAGUUAUUUACAAUACAUCAAUAUACUACCAGUUACUGAUUUAUAAACUGUGAUGAAGUUUGGGAGUAUGCAAAAUACACAUUUUACUAACAGAUUAUUAAACCUAUUGACAAGUUCAUCUUUUGAGCUUUUUCUUCAAGGUAAUAAACACUUUCAGGAAUUCUGAAAUUCACUUAUGUACUCUUGAUUAUGGUCACGUAAUAAUACAGGUUUCAAAGCACUGUGUGUUUGACAGAGUUCUAGGAUACUGCUUGCCACCAAACAUAACAAAUUAGACAAUAUUACUCUUUAAUUCUGUGCUGAUAAGAAACUGAAAAUUGCUUUCAAAGGCAUCAGAGCUGCUUUUGGAGAAGAAAUGUAUAGCAUAUCAUUACCAGCAAAGCCCAUGUGGUUCCUGUUGCUCUUCUUGUAGAAGCUAAUCAAAUUACAGAAAACUAGUAACAACAGAAAAGAUUACGAGAUUCAUGAGUUAAAAAAUAAAUCAAAUUCUUUUAUGCCAAAAGGAGUUGAUAAUAUAACCUAUUGAAAUGCUAAUGAAUAUAGCAUUAUAAUUCAGAAGUCUGACAUUAUCCAAUUAAAAAUAUUUUCAAAACAAAUUCAUAAACAUUACAAUUAUUAAAUCCGUCUUUGAUCCACAAAGCUUUCUUUAAAAUAUCAUUCGUAUUCAUCAUAUUAAACAUUUUAAGCAGUAUCAGGAAUUUUAAUAAUCUCCUAGUAUAGUACAUACCUUUUUGAAGAUGUUAUACAUUUGUUUUGAUUACAGUAUCUCUAUUACAUUUUAUAGCAAUUAUUAGAGCUUUGACACUGUGUGAUCCAGAAUAAAAGCUAUUGAUCACUUAUACUGUAAACAACAACCUAAUUAGCUUCUGAUUACAAACAAAAUUGCUAGUUAUCUGAUUCAAUGAGAGCUACCUUUGGAAAUACAAUUAAGUAUAUAGCAGAGAAAGAAAUGGCAUUUUAUACAGCUAGCCGUGUUACCACUAACAAAGCAUAGCACUCAAGCUUUUUUUCCUGUGUAAAUUAAAAGCAUACUGAAUUCUUAAUUAAAAAAUAAAUUGCUUAUUAAACAGGCAAGAGGGAAAAAAAAACCCUAAGAGUCCGACACUUAAUGAGGUUCCUACAGGCAUCACCAUGCAAAUGUUGGUGGAUUUCUAGAAGCUGGAUUUGGUGUGGAUGAUGUCAAUAUAGCAUGGUGACCUUGUUGAUGCAGUCAUUUGCUACAGUACUGAAGUAUGCAAAUUGUUUCAUUUUUUCCCCAUUCUAAUCCCUAUAGUUGCAUGUGUUGAGAGCUCAACAAACAAGCUAUGACCAGCUUUUGUAUGUUCCCUUAGUACAUUGCUUUUAUCAAUAUACCAACAAUAUGGGAACUGUCCAAAUACAGGAUGUACGUACAGAUGACCUACUGUUUAAAUUGUAAAUUUAGCCAAUUCAGUUGUGUUUAAAUUAAAUCAUAGGCUACCAUAAACGUUUACAAAUCAUCUUUUUCAUUUAACAUAAUGGAACAGACAUUGUCAUUAGUAUUAUUAGGAGUGUGUAUGCACUGCUAUGUUAAAUAACCUGAUUAUUGUCUCUGUUUCUUCUUAAGAAUAGUACAGAAAAAGAUUAAAUUCACACUGAACUGAAAUAUAUGGCUAAUGUUUUGCACUAUUUAACAUAGCUAUUAAUUCCGCAAGCUACUCCAAUGAAAAAGGUACAUGGGAUGAAGAUGAUCCUUUCAGAUAUUAAUAAAAAUAAUAACAAUUAAGCUCCUCCCCACCCCUGCAACAAAGAAGAGCCUGUGCAGACAGUGACAUCUACCAAAGCGCAACAAUCCUUCAUGAGUGUCUGUGCAGUGGUUUGGUCAGUAACAAGGGGUGCAACCCUCAUUUCGCUGACUCCUUCCUCUGAGUCCCUUCUGCUUGCAAGAGAACGGGGAGGGCGGUACUGAGCAUUGUGCAGGAGCCAUCCAUCUGUCUUCACUGGGGCACUGGCUGCUUCCCAUUGAGCAGUUUCAUUCCCACUGUGUCAUUAGGAAGAAUUAGGAACAGGAAUUGUUAAUGAUUUCAAAGCACUGAGUAGACUCUGUCUGGAGAACUAUUUCCAGCUUUCUUUUCCUUUUUUUUGAAAUUAUAUCCUGUAAGACCCAACCUUUUGAAAAUUAGGCUGUUCAUAAUUUGGGGAAUGUCACAGUUUGAAUUAGUAGACUGAAAACAUGAAAAAAUACACCAUUUGCUAAGCCCAGGCUGGAUGUGAAGAAAACAGAGAAAGAAUUGCCUUGAAAUUUUAAUUUAAUCUUAAUUUGUGAUUGUUGGCUUAAUUGCGAAGAUAUUUCUAUGGAGGAGAGAUAGCAAGAAACCAGUUGGGUAGAAGAGCAAAACUCAGAACAGCUCCCUGAAGGGACAUAAAUCAUGUUUAUGUCAAGUGACAGGAGUAUCUCAUACUUAGUGCUGGGAUUCAUUGCAAAAAAGCUGGUUUCUGCUAAAAACAGCCCCAUUAGGGCAAGCAGUGAAAGAUGGAAGAAUGAGCAGAGAUUUGUACAGCAGUUAUAAGUUUCUUAGCAUAAAAUAAAAUUGUUUUUCUUCAAAACCAUGGUAGAUCCACCUCACUGAAAAAUAUACAUUCAUUGACAGAACAUCUGCAUUAAAUUUUUCUUGGGUAAUUCAUCUGGGCUAAGGGGGCUCCCAAGGUUUUUUAUACCCAUAAAGUUAUCCAGAGUCUACCUGUCCAUGAACAUCAACUGAAACAGAAAUAUAUUUGCUUAUGAUGAACUUGGCAGAGAAAUUAAUCCAGUGACUUGUUAAAUAUUUCUCAUCUUUAAAUAUUUGCUUUUUCUUACCAGCUCAGUUCCUCCUAUGACAUUUCAAUUACUGGCUGCUCCAGCUUCUCCUUUAACUUCAGAAGGUCAUUUUCUCCUUAUUAUACAGUAAUCCGCUUUCUUUUUACAGAUUUGCCUCAGUGUUUUUUUUCAUUACGAUCUCCUCUGAGAAAACAUGGUCUGGAAUAUGUCUCUAUUGAGCCACCAACACCUUUACAGGGAGAGGGAACUGUAAAUUCUUAUUGACUCUGUUUAGCACUGGUUUAACUAGAACAAGCCAAAACGCAAUGUUUCAAUUCCCCAGAUGGAAUUUAAAAUUUAGUUUGAUACUGAAAAAGGAUUAAAAAUACAAACUUUCAAAAUCUUUUAGAAAUGUUUAAAUAUUAUGUAUUUUCCAAUUGGAAUUUCAGUCAAAUAGAUACAGUCUCAAAAAACAGUGUUUUUUAAAGAGUGAGAAGGUUCAUUGUGAAUUUUGAUGUGUCCAGCUUUGAGGCAAAAUCUGGGAAGGUGGUUAAUUCCUGGAUUUUAACUCAAUAUUGUCUCGACUUUCACACAACCUUGUUCCCUGUUUUCUUCAUCUGGGCUUGUUUGCCUUCAGGGGAAGUUUAUACUUCAUAGAUACGUAUUCGAUGUGGUCAACUCAGUAAUCAGAAGCUAAAUCCUGCAACUCCCACUCAGAUGUUCAGUCUCUUUUAUCAUUCAUGAAAGCCAGAGCAAGAAAUUCAAGAUUUAGCCUAGAGACUGUUCAAAGUUUAAAAGAGCAUAGGAUCAACCAAUUUCUCAGUAGCAUUUCUCAUCAGUAUAGAUUGUGGUAUUAUAAAUUGUUACCAUCUAGCCAAGGUUUUCGUCUCUAAAGUUCACUGAGCAUAUUUGACCAGAACAGCAGUUUCUGCUGUUCUACUUUUGCAAGGUGCCAAUAGCUGAACUUUGUCAUGCAGCCACUUGGAGUUGAUGCCUAGAGUACAGCAGCCAAACAUGAUCCCAUUUCAGCAAGAGUUCCCUUCACCCUCAUUUUUCCCUGUUCUCAGUAAUUCCAACACACUUCCAUUCUUUUGCAUUCGUUUUCUGUCUCUCAGAACAAGAACUUCAUAGAACCCAGGAGAAAAUGAGUCAUAUGUUUAUAAGUGCAACCUUCUUUAAAUUCCUGAUAAAAUAUCUCAUUAAUUGAUCCUUUUCCUUAUGGACUUCUAUCCUACAAACAUAGGGUGGAAGAAUAUCCCCUGCCCAGCACCUUCAGUACUUAUGAAACUGAACAGGAGUUUGGGGCAUUCAGCAUCCAAAAAAUGAGACGGUUUGUUUUCAGGCCUCCUCAGACUACUUAUUCUGGGAUCUGAUGUGCUAGAUAAACGUAGGUAGUUAGCGAUGGCAUCUUGGUGUUAUGCUGCUCCCCAUGUUUGCUGGCUUAUGUCAAGCAGUUUUUCAGCACUGAUGCUAAUGAUGCAAAAUUCCUCAUGGCUCUUUGACAUUCCUUUGACAACAGGAGAAGACUUUCAAAGACCUGCUGUAAUUGCAUAAAUACCCAGUAUUGUCCCUUCUGUUGGUUUAUUCUUGUGUUUUUCCUCUUUUUUUGAGUUCGUUUAUCAGAUAUGUUUAGAAGCACCAAAGUGUGAUUGACUAAUGCCUCUCAGCUGUCGGUACCAGUCUCAGUGACCUAAGUGCAUCUCAUGUCAGUAAUCUCUAUCUGUUUCUUACUGGCCAUUCUAUCCCUCUUGCAUUAAAGUAGUACCACAGUAGGCACUAACAGGCAGCAGCACUACCCUGACUUAGAUGCAGAGGUAAUACAAGAGCAGGUAGAUUGGCACUACCUGGUCUGUACUGUGCCCAGUCUUGUAUCUACUUUAUCACUCAGGCCUGUCUAGCCUGUGCUAAGAUCAUUUAGAUCACAUUAAUAAACCUUUUCAGAAAUACAAGCUGAGGCCAUUCUAGGCUUGCUAACUCAAACUAGCUAGUCUGCACACAAAAAUAAGAAGCUGGUUUUGCCCACUGCCCUUGUUCUUUGGUGGGAGGCUUAAAAAGUAAAACAGCCAACCUCCAUAGAUUUACUGAGCUAUAGGUAGAUGUAAAUCCCUUCAAGCACAGAAGCCAGCAAACGUGCUGAAACUACAGAGUAAUUUUCAAAACAAAAUUAAAACAUUAUGCUCCACUUCUAAGAAUGUCUAUGGAAAAGGAUAUAUGAGACAUCAGAAAGCUUCUGUUGAAGUCAGGAGAAAGUCUGAAGUUGCAAAAUGACAGCUGAUAGAGCCACCAUUUUAGCAGAAGGUACUGCAGAGUGCAGAGUGCUGAGAAAUAGAAAUGUAUGUCCUGAUAGGUAGAAGAAAGAUAAAGAAACCCUCUUUAUUUUCUUUUUUCCUUUUUCCUGUAACUUUGUGAAUUUGUCCAUGGAGGCCAUUCCCUUUUGAGAGGUGACACAAUUCUCUCAAGAGUAUACCAACUAAAACGUACACAGCAUCUCUCUCCCACACCCCAAACCUGCUUCCUGGUAGUGGCAGCCUCGGCAUGCUGUGGGUGGAAUGUACACUUUAACCCUGAAGUGAAAGUCAGUCAGUGAAGACUGUAACAGUUGUUAGAGAUGAACAAAGCUCCAAAAUGGAUUGCAUCCCUCAAGCAGGACCGCACAGCCCAAUUUGAGCUAGGUCACAAGCUGCUUAUAAAGAAGAGCAAGUAGUGGUAACAACUGAAAGAAAAAACAUCUUGAAUUGUACAUUGCCUCCCCUUCUGAAGAGGUCACAGUAGAAGUAAGGCAUAAAACAAAUAUCUUCUCUGUUCCUCAUACCCUGCCUGUUUCUGGGUAAGAAAAAAUAUAUCCUAAAAGCAGGCAAUGGAAGAAAUAACUUCAAAGCACUGCAGCACAUGAGAAACUUAACUGUUGGCAAUUAUUAAUCUCCAUGUUCUCCCCUCCCCCAGAGUUAUUGCUACUGAGUUUGCUUAAUAGGGUUUGUAUGAUGUUUUGUGUGGCAUUACUACUGAAAUGAUUAGCUGUGGUUAAUACUGCUCAUGCUGGGAAGCUAUGUGUGUCUUUUACCUAAGGGUAUGUCUAAUUUUGCAUUUUUUUCUCUAAAGUGCAAGUUGACAAGAACUUCAGCAAAGAGGAAAUAGCAAGGGGAGUUUCAGUUAAAAGUAAUUUUUAUUACGUCAGAAUGAUAAAGAGAUUAAUUGAGAGUUGCAGGAAAGGAAGCAGAUAAGGUAACUGGCAGCAUUUGGACCUAGGAAGACUGGCAGUCACUGUGAAUUGAGGAUAUCCCAUGUUAGUAUUUUCCUGCCUUUUUUUUUUUUUUUGUUUCUUUUUCCAAAAUUACCCAUGAAGAACAUGCUUCUAUUUUCUGGAGGAAAUUCUUACACAAAUAGUUACCUUGUUGUGUAAAUUCUAUGUUGUCUUAUGGAUUUCUGUACAUCUCACUGCAGGUUAUUAUGUGUCAGAUCUUCUCACAGUCAUAAUGGCUGAUAAAUUGUUGUCAAAAAACCAAAAACAUGGUUCACUUGUUCCUGUUGACUUAAACAUUGCUCUAAGGACAUUGCUUUUCGGACUGUCCACACUUUGGAGGUCAAUUCACGAUGUUUGGCAUUUUCUGUUAGCAUAAUGCUCCUGCAUUACUGUUGUACAUAUCCAGAGAACAAUCCCUCCCAAUAAACAUUGUUCUCUUUUUUAUUAAA